UGUGUCAGGCAUCGUUGUCCUCCCUCCGCGCCCAGGGAGGUUUCCUGAGCAUUUGUUCCAGGUGUGGCGACAGAGCAACAUCGCGGCCCUGCCGCUGACUACACCCAUAACUGAUGCUCCUUCUUCUUCUUUUUGUUGUUGUUGUUGUUCUUCCUCUUCGGCCACCGAGCCCACUGUGUCCUCUUGGAGACCACCGAUUUGCAAACCCAACGGGCUCCCGCGCAUCUUCUUCUGUGGCUCCUCGGCAUCAGCGCUGUCCUCUCGAGCGGGACCGAAACCCCGCAGGAGGGAGUAUCGGGGGGUGUUUUGCGGCCUGCUUGGGGAUUUGCACAGAGACCCCCUAGAGGACCGGGAUCGGUCCGUACGGCCCGCAGGAUGAUUAGUUGCCUCCAAACACUGCUGUUGAUGGGGGCGCAGCUGGUUCUCCCGGGUCGGGUCCUGACUGCCCCCACAAUCCCAGUCAAUUUCCUCUACCACGACUUCCUCAGUGGAAAUGCCAACAAAGAAAUUCAUUUCAGUGGGGUGAAGCUCCGCGUGGACCCUGCUCAGGCAACGGUGUUUGCGGUCAGAGGGGAUAAUGUCACCCUGCCAUGCAGGUUUUUGUAUGAGCCCGAGUUGAGCUCGCCGAGAGAGGUCAGGAUCAAGUGGUCCUGGCUCCCUGCUGCGGGGGGACAUGAGACGGACGUGCUGGUGGCGAUCGGCUCCCGCAGUCGAAGCUUUGGGGACUUCAGGGGUCGUGCGCAGCUCAGUCGGGAUUUCCCCGGAGAUGCUGCACUCCUGAUGACCCGGCUCCAGUCGAAUGAUACGGGCCGUUACCGCUGCGAAGUGGUGGACGGCCUGGAGGACAAGAGCGCUUCAAUUGAUCUGGAGUUACGAGGUGUGGUGUUCCCCUACCAACACCCCCGGGGUCGCUACCACCUGAGCUUCCCGGGAGCCCAGCAGGUCUGUGAGGAGCAGGACUCCUCGCAGGCCACCUUCACACAGCUCCUUCAGUCCUGGAAGGAGGGCCUGAACUGGUGCAACGCGGGCUGGCUGGCUGACGGGACGGUCCAGUACCCCAUCACCCGGCCCAGAGUGCCCUGCGGGGGGCACGACCUUGCCCCCGGUGUUCGGAGCUAUGGCAAACGGCACCUGAACCUUCAUCGCUACGAUGUCUUCUGCUUCUCCUCUUCGCUCCGAGGGAGAGUCUACUAUCUUCAGCCCUCUCGCAAGGUGAACCUGACUGAGGCUCAGCAGGCGUGUCAGGAGAACGGAGCGGAGAUCGCCAAAGUUGGACAGCUCUACGCUGCCUGGAAGUUCUCCGGUCUGGACCACUGCGAGGCCGGCUGGCUGGCUGACGGAAGCGUUCGCUAUCCCAUCACCAGGCCCCGCAGAAACUGUGGUCCCUCCGAGCCUGGGGUCCGCAGCUUUGGCUUCCCACCUCCACAGGACAAGCAUGGGGUCUACUGCUACAAGUCAGAGGAUGAAUGAAUACAGAUCUCUGCCGGGUCAGAAAUGUAAAGUUGACACCGAUUUCUCGAAAAUAUGUAUCCUUCUGAGCGUCAUUAAUACCAGUGGUUCCCAACCCAGGGGCCGAGACCCCUCCAUGGAGUUAGAAGAAAAAUCUGAGAGGUCAUGAGAUGAUAAGAGAAGAGGAAAGCAGAAAAAAGCUUUUACACCACACAAAUUUACAUUUACUUUUUACUGGAUAAUUUUACAUCUUCAUGCCUCUAGAGGUCAAUCACUUUUUGCUUUACUUGGUAAUAGACAGUGUUGAUUGCUGAAAAGUUGGCGUAUCUUUCCUUUUUUUUUUUUUAAGAUUUUUUCCUUCUAGGGGUGAUUUUUCACCUUUAUUGGACAGAAUGACAGUGAAGAUAUAGAUAGGAAACAUGGGCAGAGAGAGGUAUGACAUCUAAUAGAGUACCCUGGCUGUAAAUCCAACCAAAGAUGCCGCAGUAACACAGUAUACCACUAGGCCAACAGGACGCCCCAACAUUGCUUACAGGGGAAAAAGGUUGGGAACCACUGCUCUUAUUCUAUUUUCCUAUUAGUACAUUCUCUCUGUGAAUUUCUUGUUUUGUUCAUGAGAAGCAAAGCAUUCACUUUACUGUGAUGUUGUCUCACCAUUUAUGCUAUACGCUGUUGAAAUUAGUAUUUGCAAAAUAACAUUUGUACUUAAACUUGAAAGUCUAUUCUCUGCUGAAGGCAAUGACAUGUGAUUCAAACUCAGAAAGAGCUAGUAAGUGGAUUCUGAGUUGAAAUGACCUUGUUACUGACACUUCUACUGUAUAACCAUGUACCUCAGGUGAUUUUCAUGUUAAGGAAGGUGCUGGCUCAUCAAUAGUUUUUACUUUAAUACUUUUUUUUUUUAAGUUACUGGAAAUAUAACACAUUUUUAAAACAAAUGCG